AUGGCGAAAACGCACGACUUGAUCAUUGUAGGAGGAGGCCCUGUUGGUCUGUUCCUCGGUCUAAAUCUAGCACUCAAAGGCAUAAAAGUUCUCGUUAUCGAGAAGGCGGCAGAGAUCCCCCAAAGUCCCAGGGCACUCAUGAACUUUCCCAUUGUUCUCAACGAAUUCGCCAAAGUCGGCAUAUUGGACGAGGUAACAGUUGCAGGAUUUAAGAAUUCCGAGGGCCUGUGUUUCCGAACGCCGUACAGUGGUACCAAUAGAGUGCUGGCAAAGAUUCCGCCAGGGAGAUCCUCCAAAGGCUCAGUGGACUAUGGCGUCCAACUUGGCCAGGCAAAGCUCAGCUCUAUCAUGCUUCGUCAUGCGUUGCAGUGUCCCAGCUUCUCUAUCCGGUACAAUACGCGAUAUGUGUAUCAUGAAGAGGAUGAUCACCUCGUUCACGUCCAGUUAGACAGUACUGCCGGUGGAGAGACAGUCUCUGCGCCAUUUAUGGUCGCCUGUGACGGCGCCAAUUCAGCCAUUCCCUCUGAGGGCUUCACGUGGAAAGAUUGGCAGUUCGUGGCCGUGAACAUCCACUACGACUUUUCCAAAUACGGCUACCCUGCAGCAAACCACAUAAUCGACCCUGAGGAUUGGGCCGUUAUUGUACGGGCCAGCAAUGAGAAGGAGGGUCUGUGGCGUGUUGCUCUGGGUAUCCCGCCAGACCUGAAGCCAGCCGACGUCGAGCCGUGUGUUAUUGCAAAGUUGGAGCGGUUGAUGCCUGGUCCAAGGCCACUAGACUACAGGAUUGAUGCAAUUAGUCCCUACUGGGCUCACGAAAAAGUGGCGCAAUCGUUUCGGUCGGGGAGGGUUAUGUUGUGUGGCGAUGCUGCUCACUUAAACAAUCCUCUCACAGCAUUAGGUCUAACCACAGGCCUAGUAGAUGCUGCUGUUCUCGCCCGCGUAAUUCCUUUGGUUCUUCUACCCGAGAACAUGACGUCUGCAAGAUGGCCGAAACUUCUGGAUCAAUACGCCACAGUUCGACGCAAAGACUUUGUUCAGCGUGUACAGAAGCAAGCCAUUGAUGGGAAAAAGCGAAUCCACUCCUUGGAUCCCAAGGUUGUCCAUGAGAGGGAUGACUUCUUUAACAUGUUGAACAAGAGUCCAGGUUUCGCCAACUUUAUAGCCUCGCUGAUGAUGGAACCCCUAGCAGAAGACCUUUGGCCUUCUCUACUGUACGUGACUUUCUCCAUUUCGUGUCCCCUUGAACGGCGGUUAGAAAAGAAUCUAAUGAAAUCCAUUUAG